CAACAACAACACUCGCCCGCCCCGUGGCAUCCUCCGCUCUCAAUCCCAGUCCUUGUUUUCGCUGCACCGUCUGCACGAGGUGCUCCGCCUGGCCGCGAUCACUUUUUUGGACCCUCAAUUAGCGAGCAGCGCUCAUGCCAACCACACGCGCAACUACACUGGCCAUGAGUGAGGACAUGGAGGAAGCUGCUCGCCCGCGCCCAUCGCGCUUCAAGGAGCAUACAAACACAAACAGCACCAUUCGCCCACCGCCCGAGGAGCUGUGGAAAGACAUUGCCAUUGACGAUCUGAUUGAUCAGUACAACGAGGACAAUGCGCAACCGCCCGUGUCGAGAAAAACAUCUGCGAACCAUGCGGCGCGCACAGCCAGACCUGCGCCCGCAAGGACUCAUUCAGGCUCCUCGAACUCGGAUCGCUCUCGCGAAUCCUCAGCCCCAGCGCAAGCCAAUUCGGCCACUGGGUCGGGCGAGGGCACGUAUGCGCGCAUACAGCGCGCUUUUGCGUCCAUGUUCGGCAGCGUACUGGGCAAGCGCAAAGCCGGCAGCAUGGAUGCUGAGCGAGAUAGAGAGCAGCAGCUUCAUCAGCAGCUGCUUGACGAGCGCAAGAAGGCUGCUGAGAUUGCCUACUAUGAGGCCAAGGAUCGCGGCCUCCUUCCAAAGCCAAAGGUGUUUGUACGACCAGCCAUGGCUGCCAGAGCCAACAUUCAAAACGCCGAGAAGAUGCAGCUCGGCUUGACGACAGAGUUGGUCGAGGCCGCGACUCCAAUGCGCAUACCAGGCACGCCACGGACGCCAGGUCUACACCACACGCCCAGCAAGAAGGACCUGCAGAAGCAAAAGAAGCUCAGCAAGCGCGUCUCGGACCUCGAAUUCAAGCUCGCCUCCGCCCGCAAAGAGCUCCACACCGUCCUCUACAACGACCUGCCUCCCCCUCCCUCCGUCCCCAAAUUCGCACCACCCACCCCCGACGUCACCCAGAGCGAAAACGAGCCCGCCUCCCCCGAAGCCCGUACCUCGACCUCGUCCAACAACGCCGUCGCCCCAAGAAGCAUGGGCCGCAUCCUCAAAAAGCGCAAAACUAUCGCCGCUGCCCACGACUCGGACGCUGACUACAAAUCCCUCCCCACCGAUUCCGAAGGCGACACAGACAUGCUCUCCGUCCCUUCUGCCUCUGAAUACGAAGCCGAGCACGACAACGAUAACGAUGACGGCGAUGACGAGCACUCUACCAAGCAUGCCAAAUCUGCGUCUCGGAAGAAGAGCAAGAACUCCAAGCGCCAGAGCUCCCGCCUUCGCAAGAAGUUCUCAAGAAGUAGUAUCAAGCGUGAUGAACCCGUCUGUGUUGUCCCCGAUGGCGUCAACGUCCCUGAUGUACCUAGCUUACCUCAAGAUGUGCAGGAUGAGGUUAAGAGUAGGGUGAGGAAGGGGGGUAGGGAUGAUGGGUAUGGGGGGUUGGGUCAUGAGAUUUUUUGAGCAGUGUGAGUGAGAAGAAUUGUGGGUUGGGUAAAAGCGCUGAGGUUGUGCUUGGAGGUGAAGAAAACUUUCGAUUCGUGUGCAUACGUUUUUUUUGGAGGUGGUCGUUGUACCUCCUCUUUUCGGCCUCUCCCCUUUGUCUUCUUCGCUAUACAGACAGGUGAAGAAGGGGAGAGGUGCGAGAUUGGGUUGGUCCGAACUUUUUUUUUACGGAGUUUUGAGGUUAUUC